AUGUCUUCCGGAGAGCUAGACAUCCUAGUUAUAUCAACAGGUUUAAAACUGCUUCUGUUCCCGGCAUACCGUUCUACCGAUUUUGAGGUCCAUAGAAAUUGGCUCGCUAUUACCCAAUCGCUUCCUUUAUCCAAAUGGUAUUAUGACACUACUUCAGAAUGGACUCUCGACUAUCCACCUUUCUUCGCAUACUUUGAAUACGUACUAUCGUGGCCUGCUCGACUAGUGGAUCCAACUAUCGUUAGCUUGAAUGCGCUGCAAUACAGUGCUUGGAGUGUCAUUGCAUAUCAACGCACAACAGUUAUCAUAACUGAACUUGUUCUUGGAGCAGCUCUUUUAAGGCUGUGUCGGCCAUUACUGUCUCAAAACGCACCUCUGUCUCCCAUUCUAGCGGCGUCUAUAUUUCUCCACCCGGGCCUUUUAAUAGUUGAUCACAUCCACUUUCAGUACAAUGGCUUCCUGUUCGGAGUCAUGCUAUGGAGUAUUGCAAUGAUGCGAGAAGGAAAAAUGGUUUUGAGCGGGAUGCUUUUCGCUGCUUUACUCAAUUUCAAGCAUAUUUAUAUGUACAUUGCGCAUCGUUACUACCGUUUGCCCCUCAUCUACUACAAUUAUUGUCUCGCCUCUUCCCUUUCAAGCGCGGGCUAUGUCACGCAUAUUGGGCACCAAACGUCUGGGCACUAUGGGCAGCCGCGGACAGAGGACUUUUACUAUGUGAUGGCUCGGCGGGGUUUGGUACCGUCUCGGUUCUUGAGCAUAGAUUCUGCCGGACUCGCCUCGUCUUCGCGAGGCUUGAUCGGAGACACCGUUUUUGCCGUCCUUCCGAAUGUCAAGCCGAUACACACAUUCAUUGUAACAAUUAUUUGCCAGUCGGUGUUUCUGUGGAGACUGUGGCGAACACCGACGUAUAGGUCAUUCGUAUGCGCCGUAACCCUCUGUGGGUGGGCAAGUUACGCAUUUGGUUGGCAUGUUCACGAAAAAGCAAUUCUGCUCGUUCUACUUCCAAUGAGCCUUGUUGCGGCCGAAAGUCACGCAAUGUUCCGUACCUUCGUGAUUGCGAGCGCAGCAGGCUGCGUAUCUUUAUUCCCUCUAUUAUUUACUCCGGCUGAGACGCCCAUCAAACUUUUGUACACAUCACUCUGGGCGCUUGGAACGUUCUACCCGCUCCAGAAGCGGUUGUACACUUUCCCAACAACCUUGGCUGCUGUUCUAAUCGAUCGCUUGGAGCUCCUUUACCUUGUAGGGCUUCCCGUGCUUCAGAUAGGCGUUAUGCUCCUAGGUGCUUGGCCGACAAUCAAAGGUGCACGAGCCACCUCGCUCCCGGCCAAUGCGACAAUAAGCGAGGCCAACUUUGAACCCCAAAUAGAGAACGGGAUGGAGUUUUUGCCAUUGCUAUUGACAAGUGUCUAUUGUGCAAUCGGUUUAGGGUGGGCUUUCUUGAGAAUGGGGUUUCUGUACGUUCGUUCUUCAGUGUAA